CUUGCCGUCUGUUGCCACAGUGAUUAUGACGCUAGAGAGGCUAGUUCAGAUUAGCCAGUCUAACAUUUAGCUAGCAAGUAAGCUAGCAAACGUUACUAAACUAACGUUAAGCCGAAGGGUUUAUUACCUGCAGUCAUGUCAUCUAUUUUAGAUGCUCUCUGGGAGGACAGAGACGUUAGAUUCGACAUAACAGCACAGCAGAUGAAAACUCGUCCAGGAGAAGCACUAAUAGACUGUCUGGACUCCAUAGAAGACACGAAAGGAAACAACGGAGAUCGAGGACGACUGUUGGUAACAAACCUGAGAAUCAUUUGGCAUUCUUCGGCCCUGCCAAGAGUCAAUUUGUCUGUGGGUUACAACUCCAUCAUUAACAUCACAACAAGGACAGCUAACUCAAAACUGAGAGGCCAAACUGAAGCGCUCUACAUCUUGACAAAGUCCAACAACACAAGAUUUGAGUUCAUUUUCACCAAUGUGGUUCCAGGGAGUCCACGGCUCUUCACUUCUGUUAUUGCUGUCCACAGGGCCUAUGAGACAUCGAAAAUGUACAGGGACCUGAAAUUGCGAGCUGCUCUCAUUCAAAAUAAACAGCUGAGGCUCUUGCCCCGAGAGCAAGUUUAUGAUAAAAUUAAUGGAGUUUGGAAUUUAUCCAGUGAUCAGGGUAAUCUUGGAACCUUCUUUAUCACCAAUGUUCGGAUCGUGUGGCAUGCCAAUAUGAACGAGAGCUUCAAUGUCAGCAUUCCUUACCUUCAGAUUUGGUCCAUCAGAAUAAGAGACUCAAAGUUUGGAUUGGCUUUGGUGAUAGAGAGUUCACGCCAGAGUGGUGGCUAUGUGCUCGGGUUUAAGAUUGACCCUGUGGAUAAGCUUCAAGACGCACUCAAGGAAAUCAACUCAUUGCAUAAGGUGUACUCUGCCAACCCCAUCUUUGGAGUGGACUAUGAAAUGGAAGAAAAGCCCCAGCCGUUGGAAGAACUGACAGUGGAACAGCCUUUCGAUGACGUGGAAAUUGAGCCCGAUGAGCAGACCGAUGCUUUCACGGCUUACUUUGCUGAUGGAAAUAAGCAACAAGACCGUGAGCCAAUUUUCUCUGAGGAGCUGGGCCUCGCUGUUGAGAAGCUGAAGGAUGGCUUCACACUUCAAGGACUGUGGGAAGUCAUGAGCUGAAAUAAUAUGAAACCUAUUUAUUUAUAUGUCAGGUUAAAAGUUGUACAGUUUAUGCAUAGGUACUUUUUGAUUAAAAAAAAAAAGAAAAAUAGAAAACACUAAAGUACA